AUGUCUUAUCAGUUGUAUAGGUCGACAACAUUGGGUAUGGCUCUUCGAAGCACAUUAGAUGAAUUUGUGGAGGACGGUACAAUCACGCCUUCUUUAGCUCAAACAGUACUGACAACUUUCGACAAGUGCAUCAACCGGGCAUUAUCUCAGCGAGUUAAAAAUAAAGUUAAUUUCAAGGCUGACAAACUGAAAGCAUAUCGAUUUUGUGACAAUGUCUGGACAUUUGUAAUGGAAAACGUUGAAUUCCGUGAUGUAACACAACCGGUGGAUGGCGUUGUUGAUCGCGUGAAAAUUGUAGCAUGUGAUGCAAGUGCCGCAAAAUUAGCCAACACAUAG